CCCCCCCGCCCCCGGCCCCCGCCACCGGCUCCGGUGACCAUGGACCCCAAGGAGCGCAAGAAGAUCCAGUUCUCGGUGCCCGCCCCCCCCAGCAACCUGGACCCCCGCGCCGUGGAGAUGAUCCGCCGGAGGAGGCCCACGCCGGCCAUGCUCUUCCAGCUCUCCGAACACUCGUCCCCAGAGGAUGAGAACCUGCCCUACCAGCGCUCGGGCGAGGGCUGCCUGCUCAAACCAAAGAGGACCAACCCGUGUGCCUACACCCCGCCCUCGCUCAAAGCCGUGCAGCGCAUCGUGCAGUCCCACCUGGAGAGCGGCAUGGGCGGCGGGGACAGCUCCGACGGGGAGCCCGAUGAUGGCUGCGACCCCGACAGCGGCCUCGAGUCUGCCCCGGGGAGCCAGGGCAGAGCCGAGCGCAGCUACUUCCCCGCCGGGCUGAAGGCGCACAAGCGGAAAGGCGGGCAGAAGGUUUCCUUCGCCGGCGGCAUCGACGAGCGCGAGGAGGACCUGAAGUCGCUGACGGUGUCCGAGAUCCCCGAGGACCCCGAGGGCGCGGAGGGCGACGAGGACGAGCCGGGCCAGGAGCAGGACGGUGGCACCGGGGAGCGGCGACACGUGGGCUUCGCCGAGGUUCCCUCGCGUCCCAUCGGCACCGAGCGCCACUCGCCCACCUUCCCGCUGGGCACCAGUUAGCUGGCACCGGGCACCGGGCACCGGGCACCGGCCCCGCCCGGCCCCCCGCCGGCCCCCGCAGCUUCGCCCGUGCCCCCCGGCUGCCCCCCGC